UGUUUCGUUUAGUGAAAUUAAGUGAAGUGGUUGGUGUUUUAAUAAAAAAUUGAAAUCGAAAACUUACUUUUAUAUCAAUCGAAAAGCGUAAGCAUAUGAGGUUACCUUGCUCUCAUGUCGUUCCGUGUCAAGAUGCUGAAAGGGUGAUUUACGAAGAUCCUAUUGAAAAGCUUGCAUUAAUGAAAACGUAAAAAUGUCCAGCAGUAGUUCUGAAAGUAGCGAUGAUAGCCGUCAUGAAAAAUCACAAAGAAGACGUAAACACAGACGCCCUAACCAAGACAGACGAUCGAGCAGAAAGGAAUCGAGCAGCAAGAAUAAAAGUUACAGAGACCGGAGAGAAGGUAGGGACGUUCACAAAUUUAGCAGAGAAGUAAGAAGAGAAAAUAAUGAUGUGCAUCGUGAUAGAUCACAAGGCGACCGGGAUAGAGUAUAUAGAGAUAGUCGACAUGAUCAUCCAAGGAGGGAAGAUGAAAGGCAAUAUGACAGAAGAAGAUAUGAGAGAUCACCUCUAAGAAGAGAAGAAUCUCGUCCAAGACAUAGAGACUACGAAGAAAAAAAUAAAAAACACAGAGAACCUAUUGAGUAUAAUAGAAGACAUGACAAUGCGAAUAAAGAAAGGAGAAAUAAUUUUGAAGAUGCAAAACUAAGAAAUGAAGCUUCGCCGGAAUGGGGUAAACCUAAUGUUAAGGCAGAAUCAAAACCAAAGCCACAAGAAAAAGAGAAACCAAAUUUUGAAUUGUCUGGAAAACUAACAGAAGAUACAAAUACUAUAAAUGGCGUAGUCAUUAAAUACUCUGAACCUUCAGAUGCCAGAAAACCUAAACGUAGAUGGAGGUUAUAUCCAUUCAAGGGAGAAAAAGCAUUACCUACUUUAUAUGUCCAUAGACAAUCAGCAUAUUUAAUGGGCAGAGAUCGCAAAGUGGCAGAUAUUCCUUUGGACCAUCCUUCAUGUUCUAAACAACAUGCCGUUUUACAAUAUCGCUUAGUAUCUUUCCAAAAAGAAGGUGGUGGGGAAGGAAGAAGAAUUCGUCCUUACCUUAUAGAUUUGGAAUCUGCAAAUGGUACAUUUGUAAAUAAUGUAAAAUUAGAACCAAGGAGAUACCAUGAAUUAUUAGAAAGGGAUGUGAUACGUUUUGGAUUCAGCUCUAGGGAAUAUGUCUUGUUACAUGAACAUAGUAAAGAUGAUUCAUUGGAUGAUGAUGUUCCCUUAACUACUACAAGUACAACUACCAUUGCUACUACUGCAUAG